CAGCACACUGAUAAUACGAUAGCGGUUAGUACGACAUUACUCGUCACAAUGCCCGUGGUGUCUGUCCGCGACAUGCUCCGUAAAAAAUAUAAUAAAAUAUUUAUGUAACAAAUUACCGAAAUAACAACAAAUUUAUUUGUGUGACUGUUAAGUAUGUCGUUUUUUACUAGAAAAUGUAUCGUGACAUUUAAAAAUGUGCAUAGGAUUCAAAAAUUGUGUGCGUUGAUUUGUAACAAUAAAAAUAGUCUACUAUGCAGCAAUACCAUAUUACGAUAUAACGUCACAGGACGUUAUUUACAGUGCCGCCAUCAGUUUCAUACGACGUCACUUCUCAAUAAAACUAUCGCAUUCAAAUUAUCUGACAUAGGCGAAGGAAUACGAGAAGUCGUAAUUAAAGAAUGGUUUGUAAAGGUCGGUGACAAAGUUCAGCAGUUCGACAAUAUUUGUGAAGUGCAGAGUGACAAAGCGGCAGUCACCAUUACCAGCCGGUAUGAUGGUGUUGUCAAACGAUUGUACCAUGAGGUCGACCAGACAGCAUUAGUUGGACAACCUCUUGUUGAUAUUGACGUCGAAGAUGAUGGGGAAAGUAGUAAUGAUACAUCUUUAGAAUUAGAUACAGAAACAAGUUCACCGAAUAUUCCUAAAACUGAUGUGAACCAACGAGUAAAAGUAUUGACGACUCCAGCAGUUAGGAGAAUUGCAGCACAAUUCAAAGUAGAUUUAAGUACGGUAAAAUCAACCGGUAGAAAUGGCAGAAUUUUAAAAGAAGAUCUUUUGGCACACUUAAACAUAAGUUCGGAUAAAUCAAAUGAAGUACCAGUACCAGACUCGACUCAAGUGACGGCAGUCCCCAUAUCAGUAACGCAAGCACAGGCUAGAACAGAAGUAUUAAUAGAAGACAGAACAGUACCAGUCACUGGAUUUACGAAAGCAAUGGUGAAGUCGAUGACUGAAGCUAUGAAAAUACCACAUUUUGGAUAUUGUGAUGAAUACGAAGUCUCUAAGUUAGUCCAAUCACGGGACAGUUUAAAAACUAUUGCACAAGAGCAUGGAAUUAAACUGACUUAUAUGCCAAUCAUUAUUAAAGCUGUAUCACUAGGUCUUACCUCAUUCCCUAUACUAAAUAGUAGCUUAGACAACUCUUGUGACAAUAUAAUAUAUAAAGCAAGUCAUAAUAUAGGCGUCGCAAUGGAUACACCCAACGGUCUUGUAGUUCCAGUAAUUAAGAAUGUACAAAAUAAAAAUAUAUUGGAAAUAGCACGUGAACUCAACGUUUUACAAGACAAGGGUUCACAAGGACAACUAGGACUUAAUGAUUUAAGUGGUGGUACCUUUACAAUUUCCAAUAUAGGCAUAGUUGGAGGGACUUACACUAAGCCUGUCAUUUUUCCGCCACAAGUUGCAAUAGGCGCUUUGGGAAAAAUACAGGUGUUACCUAGAUUUGAUUCGGAGGGCAAUGUGGUUAAAGCACACAUACUGACCGUCAGUUGGUCUGCAGACCACAGAGUCAUAGAUGGUGUAACGAUGGCACGCUUCUCCAAUAUAUUGAAAAGAUAUCUCGAAAACCCUUAUACGCUUAUUUUAGAUCUGUAACUCAAUAUUUUUUAUUUUUGUGCAAACUAGUAAUAACCGUAAUAGCUGACAACUUAUUUUUAUACAGAUAUUGAUAAAUCAUUUGAACAGAUAAUUACAUUAUAUUUAUUUCGCCAGAUAUAAAUUCAAUAAAGCAACAAUUUUAUCAAUAUUAAACAA